UGAUCCUCCACCUCCAUCACUUCAGCGCUGACCGGUGGGGCGUUAGGAUGCAUCGAGGCUCGAGGCCCCUGAGUCACCCUGUUCUCCUGCUCUGGCUGCUUUCUGCACAAGUAUCCGCGGACCUGCCCUUGUGCAAAGAGUCAGAUUAUCACUUUGAGUACACAGAGUGUGACGUUCUCGGGUCAAGAUGGAGGGUGGCAAUUCCCAACAAAGCCAACACAUGCACUGGCCUCCCAGAGCCAAUCAGAGGCACCAACUGCACCUUCUCCUGUGAUGAAGGAGCGUUCCUGAACAUGCAGACGCAGAAGUGCCAGAAGUGUGCAGCAGGGACCUACUCUCUGGGGACCAGCGUGGCCUUUGAGGACUGGGACACCCUUCCAACUGGUGUCAUCACUUACGGGAAGAUGACAAAUAAGGAGAAGGCCGGUCCAGACUGCUCUAACUCCACCUGGACACCAAAGGGCGACUACGUAGCCUCAAACACCGAUGAGUGCACGGCAACACUGUCUUAUGCUGUUAACCUGAAAACAAACGGAAAUCUUUUCUUUGAAUAUUUCUACCCUGAUGACAGCAUCUAUUUUGAGUUUUACGUUCAAAAUGACCAGUGUCAGUCGACUGACUCUGAGAACCGUGGGAUGAGGACUUCAGACAGCUGGAGCCUACACAAGGUGCAGCUGAGAAAAGGCACCAACGUUCUGUACUGGAGAACCACAGCGUAUGAUCUGCUGGGUGGUGCUGUCAAACCUGUCAUGCUAAAGAACAUUCAGGUCUCAGGGGUGUCCUACACAUCUGAGUGUUUCCACUGUAAACCCGGCACACACAGCGCUAAGCCAGGGUCAGCCCGCUGCACCCCCUGUCCCGCUGGCACCUACUCCAACAAGGGUGCUACCAGUUGCUACGAGUGUGAAAAGGAUAAAUACUCUGUACCCAGCUCAGGGAGCUGCAAACCAAGACCUGCAUGCACGCACUAUGACUACUUUUACACCCGCACCCCCUGUGACUCUGAAGGAAAGACUCAGGUCAUGUAUAAAUGGAUUCAACCUAAGAUCUGCAGUGAGAUGGUAGAUGGAGCAGUGCAGCUUCCAGCAUCAGGAGAAAAGCAAACAUGUCCGCCAUGUAACCCGGGGUUCUUUAUCAACGGCACCUCAGGAUGUGAGCCCUGCACCAACGGUUCCUACUCAAAUGGAACAGUUUGUGCCAUGUGCCCCGUUGGCACCGAGCCGCUGUUGGGUUUUGAGUACAGGUGGUGGAACACGAUGCCGACCAACAUGAAAAGCUCAGUUCUCCAUCAUGAGUUCAGCAGCUCUGGCCGAAGCACAGCAUGGGAGGUGAAUGGAGAUUAUGUCUACACCACCCCUGCAGAUCAGGACAGUGACUACCAGAUGCUCACUCUGACUCUUCCAGGAUACAGGAGUCAGUCUACGUUCCAAGGCAGCGAGAAAACUGAGUUAUCUCGCAUCUCCUUCGUUUUUGAGACCGUGUGUACAGCUGACUGCAGGUUUUACUUCCUGGUGGGCUAUAACAAGUGGUUCAACGACGUGGUGGAGCAGUGGAAGGGCAGCAACGGGAAGCAGUCGUAUUCCUACCUGAUCCAGAGUAACCACACGGUCAGCUUCACCUGGACGUUUCAGCGGACCAGCCAUUUCAAUGUGACCAGAAGGUACAGCUCCGAUGCUGCAAAGAUCUACUCCAUCCACAUCACCAACGUGAAGGGAGGGGUAGCCUCAGAGUGUCGCCGCUGUGCUCAGACCACCGACUCCACUUGCGUCCCCUGCCCUCCAGGGCACUACAUGGUGGAGGCGACAGGAGCGUGUAAAAGCUGCCCCCCCAACAGCUACGUCAGAGCCAGUCAGCCCAUUGGGGAGUCUGCGUGCGUUCAGUGUGGUCCAAACACAAAGAGGAACAUAGCCCACACAGCCUGUCUCAGUGACUGUAAAGUGGACAUCCAGACUAAAGGAGGGGUCCUGAACUACAAUUUCUCCUCCCUGUCCAAAGUCAUCGACUUCCGCAGCGGCCCCCGCUUCACCAGCAAAGGCCUGAAGUACUUUCAUCAGUUUAAUUUGGGUCUCUGUGGUGAGACCCAAGUGCCAGCCUCCUGUGUGGACAAUGUGACAGAAAAUGGAAGAGUGGCCAAAGGUUACAUCUGUCAGUCUGUGGUGGUUCCCUCUGACAUCAGGAGUCAGAGCGUAGUGUCCUCCCAACCUUUUGUCAUCGGGGACUCACUCAUUGGUGUGACCACUGACACCACCCUAGGAGGCCUUUCUUCUCCAUCACAGAUGUUCCCUCCUGCCUCCCCCCAGCUGCCAGAUGUCAUUUUCUAUUACAAGUCCAGCGACACGACUCAAGCUUGUAAACAAGGCAGGUCGACCACCAUCAGGCUGAGAUGCAACCCGACAGUCACUGCUAAAGAUGACAUCAGACUGCCAAGUAACUGUUCUGAGGGGACGUGUGAUGGUUGCACCUUCCAUUUCCUGUGGCAGAGCCAGCAUGCAUGCCCCCUCUGCACCGAAAAUCACUACAGAGAAAUCAUCAGUGCUUGCAUUCAAGGAAUACAGACAACCUCUUAUGUGUGGCAGCAGCCUCUGCAAUGUUAUGAUGGAGUAUCAUUACCAGCACAAAAAGUCAGUGCUUGUGUGACUUUGGAUUUCUGGCUCAAGUUUGGCGUUUCCACAGGAGCAGUUGCUGCUCUGCUGCUAAUCAGCAUCAGCUGUUAUUUUUGGAAGAAGACACGCAAGCUGGAGUAUAAGUACUCCAGGUUGAUGAUGAACUCUGGAGGUAAAGAGUGUGAGCUACCAGCUGCAGACAGCUGUGCAAUAAUGGAGGGAGAGGAUGCAGAGGAUGAACUCAUGGAUCUUUCCAACAAGUCCUUCUUCAAGAAAAUUAAGUCUUACUCACGAGAGAGAACAUCAGAUGGUUUUGACUCAGUUCCGCUAAAGUCAUCCUCCCGCCUCCUACGGGAGGAAGAGGACUGAUGCUGAAGAAAUCACAAUAUCAACAGUUCAUAAAACAUCGAGGAAAUCUUCAGUUUCUGAGAUUUAAAUGUCACUUUGGAGUACAAACAUAGAACAUACAGUAGGGAUAGUUUUUCUGAGGGAUUUUGUAUGGAUAUUUUAUUUAGUAUUAUUUGUUGGAUGCUAGAUUGUCAAACUUACAAAUAAAAUACGUGCCCAUAAAAAGUCUUACUGCAGAGUUUUCAAAAAUGAUCCAGCUGGAUAUGUUACAUUUUUUGGAUGUGUAAAACUUUGCAUUUUUUUAUUACAAAAAGUAUGUAACUUUUUCUUGUUUUCUAUUUUAUUUUAUUAUCAACCUGAUGAAAAAGGAAUAAAACAGCAUCACAUUGCUCAGAAUGUACUUUGACAGUUUGUGAAUUAUACUUGUUGAAGCAUAUUGUUUUUGUCCCCAGUGAGUGCUUUAUUAUAAGAGAAAACGAUUUUCAAUAAAAGUACAACUUUAUAUUUAA